AUGGAUGGCACUGUGAAAGAGCAGUCGUGGAUGAGGUAUGGCACGACCUUUGUAUUUAUUUCCGCCGUGAUUAAUAUAGCCGUUGCAGUUACUCACUACAGUAUUCCAGAGGAAAUGGAGGAGGGCUCUUUCGUUGCGAAUAUCGCAACUGAUCUAGAACUGGACACCAAAAGUUUAGUGAGGCGUAAGAUACGGUUAGAUGUGAUAGCCAACAGGAAAUAUUUAGAGAUAAACAAAGAGACAGGUGAGCUGUAUAUCGUGGAAAAGAUUGAUAGAGAGUCACUAUGUCCCUCAAAAACAACAAACUCGUGUUUUCUAAAAUUAGAGGUUUCAAUUGAAAAUCCAGUGCGAAUGUUUAAUAUAGAAUUACUGAUAAUGGAUAUUAACGACAAUGCUCCUAGUUUCCGACGAGAUACAAUGUACUUGGAUAUCUCCGAGUCAGCACUGCCCGGGGAAAGAUUUUCUCUCAACAAUGCGGUAGAUACAGAUAUCGGGACAAAUUCAAUAAAAACCUAUCUUCUGAGCGAAAGCGAACACUUCUCUAUUGAAAUACAAACUGGAAGAGAUGGGUCAAAGUUUGUUGAUUUAAUUUUGAACAAAGCCUUAGAUAGAGAGGAGAGGGCUAUUCAUAAUUUGAUACUUACGGCUGUAGAUGGCGGAGUGCCUGCGCGUUCAGGUACAGCCAGUGUCAUCGUUCGCGUGCUGGAUACGAAUGACAACGCCCCAAAAUUUGAAAAGGAAAGUUUUGAAAUAAAUCUUACAGAGAACGCUCCUAUAGGUAGCCUAGUUAUGCAAUUGAACGCUACAGAUUUAGACGAAGGUUCCAAUUCCGAUAUUAGUUAUUCAUUCAGUCUCUAUACUUCUGAAAAAACCCAAGAGACGUUCAGUUUAAAUGAAUAUAACGGUGAAAUAAGAGUAAAGGAGACGAUCAAUUAUGAAGAUUUCAACAUUUACAACAUGGAGAUAAUAGCAAAAGAUAAAGGAGUGAAUCCAUUGUUAGGGAAAUGCAAAGUAACAAUUCUCAUCUUAGAUAUGAAUGACAAUCAUCCAGAAAUGUCCAUAAAGUCAUUUCAAAGUCCAAUUAAAGAAGAUGUUUCUCUGGGCACGGUCAUUGCAAUAAUCAGUGUAAACGACAAAGAUUCAGAAGAAAAUGGUCAAAUAGACGUUCAUAUUAAUGCUAAUCUACCAUUUGCCCUCAAAGAGUCAGCAAACAAUUAUUACGAGCUCGUAGUUUCAGAACCGUUAGAUCGUGAAACGUUUGCAGAAUAUGACAUCACAUUUACCGUUACUGACAGAGGAAACCCUCCAUUAUCUGAUAAUGAAACUGUAACUCUAGAGCUGCUGGACGUUAAUGACAACGUGCCACGGUUUCCUAAAUCUACUUAUACCAUUCAGGUGUUGGAAAAUAAUCCACCUGGGGCUUUGUUGAGUUCUUUAACUGCUAUUGACCCUGAUCUCCAUGAAAAUCAGUAUCUGGUUUAUUUUAUAAUAGAAAGGGAAAUAGUAAACACCUCCAUGUCCAUGCUUUUCUCCAUUAAUCCAGAGAAUGGUAACCUUUACGCACUAAAGACGUUUGAUUAUGAGAUAGAGAAGGAAUUUCUUUUCCAUAUUGAGGCCAGAGACUCUGGUGUUCCUCCACUCAGCAGUAACGUUACCGUCCACAUUAUUAUCAUGGACCAGAACGACAACACACCGGUUAUAGUGUCUCCAUGGCGCGCGCACGGCUCAGUGGUAGAAGAAAAAAUACCGAGAUCCACUGAUAAAGGAACUCUUAUAGCCAAAGUAAUUGCUAUAGACACAGACUCUGUACACAACUCCAGGAUAACUUACCAGUUUCUCCAGAACACUGAUGCUACAUUAUUCAGUUUGGACCAGUACAAUGGAGAGAUCCGGACCACCAGAAUGUUCAGUUACAGAGACUCGCGCCACCAGCGGCUGGUGGUGAUCGCCAAGGAUAACGGAGAGCCCUCUCUCUCUGCUACAGUCACCAUCAAACUGUCCACGGUGGAGACGGCACUUAAAAGCUAUGCUGAAAUGACUGAAGUACCUUUAGAAUAUGACAUCUUUUCAGAUUUAAAUCUGUAUCUGGUAAUCGGACUGGGCUCAGUGUCAUUCCUGUUACUGAUCACCAUAUUGGUCACCAUCGUGCUGAAGUGUCAGAAACCGAAACCCAGUAAAGCUGUUCCUCCCUGUAGGAACAGUGUGAUCAGUGAGAGGAACUCUACCAUUGCAGAUUCCACUCUGGUCUCCAACGAUGCCUACUGGUACAGUUUGUUUCUAGCUGAGACCCGAAAAGGAAAGCUGGUAGUUAGACAACCUGUGCCAAAAGGACAGAGAUACAUUGUGUCUAGUAUACCGAGGAGCACAGGAAUGACUGAGACUAGUGAAUCAGCUGCAUCUACAUUACAGGUAGGAACU